UCACACCACUUCCUCUUUCAAAAAAACACAAGGAACAAAUUCUAAAACAAAGGAGAAGGAAAAGUUACUGCAGUACUAGGUAGCAAUGGUUGUUAUUACCGAAAUAACAGACCGAGAUAUACGGACCGUGAGCGGAUCAUGGGGAAUCGGGGCUGAUGGUAGCUGGGUUUUCAUCCCGAACCCACAUAACGCCGUUAGACGGAUGAGCAUUCGUGAGGGGGAGAAAGUAGCUGUUGUUCGACAGUUAGUUCGGGAAGCCUAUGGAUUAGAGUACGUGGGAUGUGAACUUCAUAUGUCAUACCAGUGGCCUGAUUGGAUGGAUAUGGAAGGUGAUUUUGGGGGCAGGACGCGGCCUGUCCCGAUAACGACGGAUGAGACGAUGUCCAUGUACCUGACUAUGCGUUUUGAGUUGGAAGAUUUAAGCUUGUUUGUAUCCAAAGUUAACGUAGAGGGAGGUUUUAGUGGAGAAGGAAGUAGUAACACGACGAGUUAUGGUCUACCAGACAAAGGCAAAACGCCUUUACACUGUGAUGAGCCUCCCUCUCCUCAUCACGAUCCCAUGCUCUUGCGAAGGCUAAUGAAUGAUGAUGCGGUGCUUCGCUGGAUAAGCUCUACUCAGCCUGCCGGGGGAACCGUGGGAGAAUCUUCGUCAAACAUUCAAUCAGUACCACCAAGGACAAACAAUGAGCGAGUUUUUACUAUCUCAUCCAGCGAUGAUAGUGACACUGAAGAUGGAAAUGAGGCUGAAGACUCACAAUUUGUUGAGGCAGAUUUACUUGCAAAUCUUGGUAUGCCAUCAAUAAAUCUGGCUGACGAUAUAGACGGUUCAGAAAGUCAAAGUGGAGGAGGUGCUGACGAAAAUAGCAUAAGAGAGACGAUUACAGAGUGUAAUUUCUUUGGCCCUUGUGCAACCGAGAUGGAUGGACCAUUACGUGGACACUUGGAUCUCCAUGUCCCGCUGCAGGAGGCUCUAGAGGACAUGUGUCUGAACUUUGCAUUUUUCAACCGGGAUGCUGCACCGACCUUAGAUGACCAAGGCGAGGAAGGCCGUGUAGGGAUGGAAUUAGCUAUCCGCGAUGUCCAGUAUGAAGGCGACGAACUUUUCGUGGGCCGUGUAUUCAAAAACAAGCAAGACUGUAAUGUGAAAAUAGCUGUGCACGCACUGAAUCGCCGUUUCCAUUUCCGUCGUGAUCGCUCUACCAAGAAAAUACUAACUCUCACUUGCGUUUCCGACUCCUGCUCGUGGCGUGUCUACAUAGUGAGAUUGGAAGAUUCUGAAAAUUAUCAAAUUCGAAGUGCUACACUUGAACACACUUGCACCGUCGAGGAAAGAAGCAAUUACCACAAGCAAGCCACUACCCGCGUGAUUGGUAGCAUAAUGAAAUCAAAGUAUGAGGGGAACACUAGAGGUCCACGGGCAAUUGACCUACAGCGUCUUCUGCUGGCUGAUCAUUCGGUGAGGAUUUCUUAUUGGAAGGCAUGGAAAUCACGAGAACUUGCUUUGGAGGGAGCAAAAGGAUCAUCAGCAAAUAGCUUUUCUCUACUACCUGCAUACUUACAUGUACUACGAGAGGCUAACCCUGGAUCCCUUGUUGAACUUAAAACAGAAGUGUAUCCGAAGUCAAGGCAUGGAGCUUGCGUGGUUCAUCUCCAGCGAAACAUUGCUUCUGCCUACAAGAAAAAAAACCUGCUGUUCCACGUUUCCAGAGCUGCUAGAGCAUAUAGGAUUUGUGAUUUCCAUACCUACUUCAAUGAGAUUAUAAGGAUGGAUCCGGCUUGUGCAGCCUACCUAGAGUCAGUUGGCUUUAGUCACUGGACAAGGGCAUACUUUUUAGGUGAACGUUACAACGUUAUGACCAGCAAUGUUGCGGAGUCGUUGAACGCAGUGUUGAAGGAAGCGCGUGAACUCCCAAUCAUUUCCCUUAUAGAGUUCAUUCGCACAACCCUAAUGACCUGGUUUGCGAUGAGGCGCGACGCGGCCAAAUCUGAAACUUCAUCAAUGCCACCAAAGAUGAGAGAAGUGGUGCAUCGGAACUUUGAGAAGUCGGUGCGAUAUUCUGUUAGGCGCAUUGACCGGUAUGACUAUGAGAUUCGAGGAGAUAGUUCGAGUGUUUUUCAUGUUAGGCUUUUGGAACGCACGUGCUCUUGUAGAGAAUUUGAUUUGCUACAUCACCCUUGCCCGCACGCAAUAGCUGCAGCAGUUGCAGAGAGUGUCCCCAUCCAAGGGUUAAUGGCGCCAGAGUACUCUGUUGAGAGUUGGAGGAUGUCGUACCAAGGCACAAUAAAACCUGUGCCUGAUGUAGGAGAUGUGUUUCCUUUGCCUGAACAAAUAGCUUCUCUACAACUAUUCCCACCGUCAACGCGCAGGCCACCGGGUAGACCAAAAAAGAAGAGGAUAACAUCAAGAGGAGAGUUUAAGGAAGCAAUGGUUGUUAUUACCGAAAUAACAUCCCGAGAUAUACGGACCGUGAGCGGAUCAUGGGCUAUCGGACCAGAUGGUAGCUGGGUUUUCAUCCCCAACCCACAUAACGCCGUCAGACGGGUCAGUAUUCGAGAUGGGGAGAAAGUAGAUGUUGUUCGAGAGUUAGUGAGGGAAGCCUAUGGAUUGGAGUACGUCGGACGUGAACUGCACAUGUCAUACCAGUGGCCUGAUUGGAUUGGGACGCCGCCAGUCCCUAUAAAGACGGAUGAGGCGAUGUCUGUGUACAUGAAUAUGCGUUUUGAGUUGGCAGAUUUGAGCUUGUUAGUGUCCCUCGUUAACGUGGAGGAAGGUUUUAGUGGAGAUGGAAGCAGUAACGCGCCGACCCUAAAUGAACAAGGGGAAGAAGGUAAAUGUGGCAUAUUGUAAAAAAAGUCGUAAACUAAUUUCGUAAAAACAAGUCGUUUUGGUAGUUUAUAUGUAAAAAACAAGCAUGUCAGUU